AUGUUACGCUGCAUUUCAAAGUCAUUUCAUUUCAAUAAAGCAUUCAAGUUUCAUACCACUGCAUAUCGAUCACAAAACUACUUUGAUACAUUCAAGUUUGUUGAACGACUGGAACAGGCUGGAUUCACAAGAGACCAGAGUGAAGUCAUUAUGACUUGUUUACAAAAGGUCAUAAACGAAAGCAUGACAGACAUCACCAAGGUUAUGGUAUCCAAAGCAGAUAGAGAAAAGGCAAUUUAUGCCUAUAAAGUAGACUUUGCCAAGCUGAAAUCUGAAGUCCAGCUGAUUGAACGAAACGACUUUACAAUGAUGAAGGCAGAGAACGAUCGACUCGAAGGCGAAAUAGAAAAACUAAAACAGAAACUAAAGGAUGAGAUUGCUCGUACUCAGGCCAGCGUCCGGCUUGAUCUCAACUUGGAAAGGGGACGUAUUAGAGAUGAAGCAAGUGCGCAAGAGAUCAAGAUUAAAGAAACAGAUACUCGUAUUGAAAGUGAAAUAUCCAAUCUAAGAACUCAAAUGGAGGCCAUCAAAUUCCAAAUUAUGCAAUACAUGAUUGGUACCAUGACAGGUGCUGGUGCUCUCAUCUUGGCUUACUUGAGAAUGUUUAAAUAA